AUGAGUACUCAGUACGACGAAGAUGCUCACGACAGGAAUGAGUGUAAAAGUAAAUCGCCCACUGUACUUUCGUCGUACUGUAUAGACAGCAUACUCGGCAGAAGAAGCCCAUGCAAAGUCCGGCUCCUCGGAGCGCAAAGUUUACCAGCUUUACCCGCCAGAGCGGACAACGAUCAGGCUACCGAAGCCCCAACUAAAGAUAACUCCUUUGACUCAGACAUGCACCUGCCGCCCAAAUUGCGUCGGCUGUACGGCCAUGGAGGGAAAUACCUUGACUCCAGCAGAGGUUUUCAUGAACAUGUGGAGAAAGGUGAGAGAGAUCGGCUACUGGACCAAGCCUGCGAAAGUCUCAAAAUCAGUCAGGCGCCACAGGUCAGCAUAAGCCGCAGUAAGUCAUACAGGGAGAACGCCUCCUUUAGUCAAAACGAGGAGGGCCAGAGCCCUGACAGCGGGGCCCAAGAGCUUGUGGAACUAAGCACACUGAAGUUUGAGGAGGACGUGGUGAAAGAGGAAGCAUGCGGAGACGCUGGUCUGUCUCCAAAGGACGAAGAAAGCCUGCACAACGAUGGGGAUGUAAAAGAUGGUGAGGACAGUGUUUGCCUGUCAGCAGGUAGUGACACGGAGGAAGGGAUGCUUAAAAGAAAGCAGAGAAGAUACAGGACUACCUUCACCAGCUAUCAGCUAGAAGAGCUUGAGAGGGCCUUCCAGAAGACGCAUUAUCCUGACGUUUUCACCAGAGAGGAACUCGCAAUGCGGUUGGAUCUGACUGAGGCGCGCGUGCAAGUAUGGUUUCAGAACCGCAGGGCCAAGUGGAGAAAACGUGAGAAAGCAGGGGUUCAAGCACAUCCACCAGGACUACCCUUCCCUGGUCCCCUGGCUGCAGCUCAUCCUUUGAGCCAUUAUCUAGAGGGUGGUCCUUUCCCACCUCAUCCCCACCCUGUGCUAGAGUCUGCCUGGACUGCUGCUGCUGCAGCAGCCGCUGCUUUCCCAGGCCUGGCCCCGCCUCCAAACAGCUCUGCUCUGCCUCCUUCCACGCCCCUAGGCCUGGGCACCCUUCUGGGUACAGCCAUGUUCAGACAUCCUGCUUUCAUUGGCCCCACUUUUGGCAGACUCUUCUCCAGUAUGGGUCCUCUGACCAGCGCUUCCACGGCAGCUGCUCUGCUGCGCCAGUCGGCACCACCAGUAGAAGGCCUGGUUCAGCCUCCUGCGGUCCUCUCAGACCCUUCGUCAUCCUCUUCCUCCUCCUCCUCCUCCUCCUCCACCUCCUCCACGGCCGCCGACCGACGGGCCUCUAGCAUCGCUGCUCUUCGUCUCAAAGCGAAGGAACACGCGGCCCAGCUGACCCAGCUUAACAUCUUGCCCUCCGGCGCCACGGGGAAGGAGGUCUGCUGA